AUGUUUCCAUCGACUCAAGGUGCUAGGUGGACAUGUCAGUGGCAACCGGUCACUUCGUGGCUUACUAUUCCAAAACCGGAAGAUUCUGGAUUCUGGAUAAACUCCUGUUCGGAUACUUCAUCUAACGAGGUUAGUUCACUUGAGCCGGCCGUUCGAACACCAAAAACAGACUUCUGGAAGAGCAGUGAAUUGGAAGCCUUGAAAAUCCGUUUACGAGAACACCUUAAUGAACAGGUUAGGAAAUUCGAAUGUGGUGAGGUGAAGGAUGAAAUACCCUCGACAGACAAUCCCAAACAGCUAUUCUAUCCCGAUCUACGCCAUAGUCCCAGUGCUUUUCGUCCGGUUGCUCCAAGUAAUUACGAUGCAUUAGUGCAUUCAACUUUUUCCAACCUACAUUCAUAUCAGUCCACCCCAAAUGGAAUUACCACCACCACCGUUACCUCCACUAGCUUCCGUGCCACCACCACCAGUAAUAACACCAUGAUCUUCCCCCCCGCCACCAUCGUUACCAGCACCAGUACCAAUACCACAAUUGCUACCCCUGGGAUCAAAACAAGUUUUAACAUGUCACCUCCCUCGCCCACUGACAGAACCGCGCCGUUUGCCCUAGACAUGUCGGUGGCCGCAAAGAACCCUCUUCCUUUCAUGACGGAAUGUACUCAUAUCGGGUCACAUGACGAGGAUCCUGUGAUAGGAGAGCUUAAGUCACAUAACGGCCAUAAUGAUCCUUUGGGUUCGUUCGAGUCUUAUUGGAGUUCGAUUCCCACGAUUAAUUCAAAGAAAACUAGUUCACCUUGUCCCACGUCUCCAACAUUUUACUCCUGUUUAUCUUAUGCUACUGAUAUAUACACACUUCCUGACAGAUAUCACGCAUCGAGCACGGCUCAGUCAACAGAUCAUUCAUCUCAGACUGUGGAUCGCACAAACAAGACAUCGAACCCCAAUUCGAAUUCCAUGCUUUGGAAGCCGUGUACAACCCGACGAAGAGCGUACACACAUGGACGAUAUCAACGAAAGUGUCAACGUUGCUCUUGUCUGAACUGCGAAGCUGAACGAGCCAAUCGUCAGUGGCUAUCCAACGUGGACCGCGAGAGCCUGUUUGCGACAAAGUCCAACGUAACUAGCAUCCCUACUACUACCAGCAUCAUAACGAACACAAUAACCAAUUCCGAAUGUCCGAAUCGAGAUACACUGGACAAAAAGACAUUUGUAUUGCUCAACCCGGGCUCUCGCAAAGUACACCUGUGUGCUCUGUGUGGAAAAACUUACGGAAAGACAAGUCAUCUGAAGGCUCAUUUAAGGUGGCAUAACGACGAAAGACCAUUCCGUUGUAUUUAUCCCUUAUGCACAAAGGCGUUCACUCGAUCGGACGAAUUACAACGUCAUAUGAGGACGCAUACAGGCGAGAAACGAUUCGCUUGUGACCAGUGCGACAAACGAUUUAUGCGAAGUGAUCAUUUGAACAAACAUAAGAAAACACACGAUUUAAAUGUAGGUACGGGUGGAGUGAUUGUCAAGACCCAGUUAAACGGAUGUCGCAAAGAACGCGGUUUAAAGGCUACCUAUUCCUCCAUUAAUGGAACACAGUUUCGUUCCAAGCUGCAUUCGGACACUACGGGAAAGUUAACUGGUCGAACCCAAGCAAUCUAG